AGAGAGAGAGAGAGAGAGAGAGAGAGAGAGAACAAACGAAUAGCUCCUUGUCAGACUUGGUUGAUCGACAUGGAGAACAGAAAACGCCAAAGUGAAGAAAUGGACAACGUACAGAACAGACAGGAUAUGGAACAAAAAACGCUGACAACGGACAGUUCUGCAACUCCGGUGAAGCGACGUUCGGCCAUACAGCGGGGGAAUCAUCUAUACAAGGACUGGGACGUAGAAGACACCUGUCAAUACCUUCGCGAAGAAGGCUUUGGUGAAUGGGAAACAACAUUCCGAGAGGAAAUGAUCACAGGUGCGAGUAUUCAGUACCUCACAGAACCACUACUGGACAAAAUGGGUGUGAGUCCUAUGGACACACGGCUGAAGGUUCUGCACUGUCUGAGGAAACUGUGGGGCAUUUCAGUCAAAACCAUGAAGAUUUUCAAUGACCCCAUCCAUGGCAGCAUCGAGAUGCACCCCCUACUGGUCCGAAUCAUCGACACACCUGAGUUCCAGAGGCUGCGCAACAUCAAGCAGCUGCCAGGGGCCUACUAUGUCUUCCCUGGCGCCUCCCACAACCGCUUUGAACACUCUAUUGGGUGGGUGUUGAUUGGUUAUGUUGGGUGUAGUGUGUGCCACCUGGCGGGUCAGCUGGUCAAGGUGCUGAAUGAUCGGCAACCAGAGCUUCUCAUCACUGAGCGAGACAUCCUGUGCGUCCAGAUCGCAGGGCUGUGCCACGACCUGGGUCACGGGCCUUUCUCCCAUCUGUUUCAUGGGAAGUUCCUCCCUGAAGUGGACCCUGAGAGAAAUUGGAAGCAUGAGAUGGCGUCCGUGCAGAUGUUUGAUUACUUGCUCCAGGAGAACUAUCUGCCACCAGUGAUGGAGCAACAUGGGCUGAUUUUGCCUGAGGAUCUUGAUUUCAUUAAAGAGUUGAUCGCUGGCCCACUAGAGCAGCAUAUCCAAUUCAGCCAAGAACAGCCCACAUGGCUAUAUAAAGGCAGGUCAGAAGAAAAGUGCUUUCUGUAUGAGAUUGUGGCGAACAAGAGGACUGGCAUUGAUGUGGACAAAUGGGACUAUUUUGCCAGGGACUGCUACCACCUGGGGAUCCAGAACAACUUUGACUACCAGCGCUCACUUCGGUUUGUACGUGUGUGUGAUGUGGAGGGGAAGAGGCAAAUCUGCACCAGAGACAAGGAAGUGGGGAGCCUGUAUGACAUGUUACAUACAAGGAACUGUCUCCGUCGCAGGGCCUACCUGCACAAAGUCAGCCAUCUCAUUGAGAUCAUGAUGACUGAAGCUUUGGUGAAGGCCGACAAACACAUCGAGAUCAAAGGCUCUGGAGGCAAGCUGUUCACCAUCUCCUCAGCAAUCAAUGACAUGGAAGCCUACACCAAACUCACUGAUUUUAGUAUAUGCGGUGUGCGUCAAUACCGAUAUUCGGUCUUUGAGCAGAUCCUGCACUCCUCCCAGCCUGAGUUGGCCGAUGCACGCCAAAUCCUCCGCAACAUACUCCGCCGCAAACUUUACAAGUGUAUUGGCCAAACACACCCCAAAAGGCACAUGGAGAUCACACAGGCUGACCUACUGUCAUUGGCUAGCAGUGUUGCUGAGGCCCGCCCACAGAGUGAGCCAGAUGUGUUCCUGUGUGCAGAAGACUUUGUUGUCACUGUGGUGAACAUGGACUAUGGGAUGAAUCAGCGGAAUCCCAUUAAUAAUAUGCAUUUCUACUGUAAGAAUGACCCCACCAGAGCGUUUAAGAUCGGUAAAAACCAGGUCUCCCAACUACUGCCUGAGAAAUUUGCAGAGCAGCUGAUCCGGGUCUACUGCAGAAAGACUGACAACAGGAGUCUGGAGAUGGCCAGGAAGUACUUUGUGCAGUGGUGCAUCAAUGAAGACUUCACCAAGCCCCAGGAUGGCGAUGUGACGGCCCCCGAGCUUACCCCUCUGAAACAGAGCUGGGUUGUUGACAAAGAUGAAGAAGACAAUGAGGAUGAGGAAGAGAGGAGAUGGAAGGUGCAUCCCAGUGAGAAGGUGGAAAAGGUGAAACACAAGCUAUUCUAAGAUGGCUGGGCCUCAGGAGGAUGGCAGGAGAAUGUUUAUGUCUUUCGAGGGGAUAGAAUGUGACAAAUCCAAAUAAGUGAUUGCUGUUAAUGUUGUGCUAAAUGAUUUUAGAAAGAGGCCUGACUGAUGUGCUGGAAAGUCCGAUUUUCUCCUCUCAACCAGAGCUGGGGGGCGGGGGGGCAUUAUACUAGUGUACCUUGAAUCAGUGACCAAUAAGAUCAAUCAUUUAAGAGGUGUUCUUAGAUGCCAGUGUCUGAUUUCAUGGCCAUGGUACUUUAAGGGAUUAAAAGAGGGAUUCAUUUUCAAGCAGCGUCAAGUCCCCAUAAAACAAUGGGUACCAGUGUCCCCAGACCACAGGAGGACACUCAGGUCCUUAUAAAAGCCCAUGUCAGAAAGCAGGGCGCUGAUGUCCCCAGAGAACACAGGACACUAAUGUCUCUGCAGAAAAACACAGGGCAUUAAUUUCCUCACAAAACAGAGGGUAAGACUCUCCUUCUGCAGGUCAUCACAGUCAUCAGAGUAUCAUCACACCAAGGAUGAAUGCUUGCACCUAAGCCUUCUAUGAAAAAGAUGUUGUGCCUCAAUGGACUGAUUUCUGUGUAGGGAGUGUGGAAGGAUGUGUUUGCUGUGCAUGUUUAUGGGGGAGGGUUCUCCUAUAGUCUUUAAUGGGUCAACUCUUGUCACUGUGAAAUUUCCUUUCAAACUUGUACUGCCAAUAAAUAAUAAAAUUCCUGAUUCAUUACAAAACCAUUUAA